GCGUCUUUUGAAGGGGACGCUGCUGUGCACCGCCCAUUGAUGUCGGCAUAUGACUCAUUUUAGCACGCGCGCACGUGACCGCGGCUUAGCAUUCAAGGAGCUUGGAGCUUGUGAAUCGCAGCCAUACAUCAACACAACCGUAACGCCUUCUACCCAGCGGCGAUGCAAGGCCCGCAAUCUGGAGGCGACGAUGGGUGAAGGGCGACCGACCAUUGACGACGAGCAUCAUGCCUACCAGAGGUAUCCAUUCAGCGUGCCCUACCUUGCUCGGCAAAGCUGUGGAAAAUGGGAGAUUCCGAAGGCGAUGCAACCUCGCCAACCUCUGCCUCGUCAGACUUGCCCUGAUUAUCAGCCCUCUCUCCCCACCCUCCAAAGCCCAUUGGCGGCCGACGACCCAGGGCCCAUCCUUUCGUUUUAUACUUCUCGGGAGCAUGCGUGGCACGCGGCCAACCGUUUGACGUGCACCAGCCUGCCCUCGCCCUGCCUGCCUGCCCUCCACGCGGCGAUGCAACGCAGGGCAAACCGCGCGCGCCCUCCCCCCGCAUCCCUACCUCCUCCGACCGUCUAACUUCUCCUUUGCUUCUCCACGGCCGAAGCUCCUGCCCUGGAGCGUCAGGGCUGCGUUCCAGCCCAUCGGACGCUGCCCUCAUUCAUCCCCACCCAUUACCACUUUCUGGUAAGUUCACCUCAUGUCAUUCCACCAACCACCACCCCCACCCGGCUGUUUCUCUUCGCCUCACGCAUCUCCACUCCCCUCCAUCGUCGUGGCCCUUGAGUCGAGGGCUAUAUGACCCGGCCACCUGCCCUCUCUCAUCUACACACCUGUUCCAUCCAGCUCAAAGCCUUCGGGUGCCCUCCCCAGCCUCGCCAUGGCCACCGCCUCCGCCCCCAGUCCCGGCACAAUGGCGGCGGCGACUGCAGCUGC